AUGUCACCACCGUAUCUUUUCAUCGAUGGAAACAAAAUUUAUUUAAUCGUAGCGCAACGUUGCAUCGAAGUACCCUCCCCUGUUGAAUUAUCUACGCGAUAUUAUCGUUGCAACGGUUUCAUAAUUUAUCGAGGGCUGUUGCAAAAUGUGUUGCGAGGAGAGUUGCUUGUAGACAUCUCGAGGUUUGCAGGCGAGACUUGGGAAAUCGCUGGUAAAGAUUUUCAACAAUUUUUUUCUGGUCAUGCACGUAAUACAAAUAGUAUUACUGCAAAACGGGCCGAAUUUAUGCAAUUUAAGCAAUUUAAGCCUCAAGAAUAUAAUAAAAAACGUAAUUAUAAGAAUAAACAAAAUAUGGUUUCCGAUAUCGAACGAGAGGUAUUCACUAUCGAACGAGAGGUAUUAGAUAUCGAACGGGAGGUAUUCGAUAUCGAACGGGAGGUAUUUGAUAUCGAACGAGAGGUAUUAAAUAUCGAACGAGAGGUAUUCAUGAGUGAAGUAUAUGGAAGAAAUGUGACGGAGUUCGAAUUUAUAUCUUAA